GAAUUCGAGCUAGCUACACAAACGAAAGGAGUAUUCUACAGCAAAGUUAUAAACAAAAAAAAUCCCGAAAGAACCUUGGUUCAAAAAGAAAAAAAAUUGAAGUGAACAAAAUUAAAAUUUUUAUCAGAAUAACAGCCGGACAUGGAUACACUAAAAAAUUUCUAAAAAUGAUGAAAGUGAUUACAGAUGAAAAUUGUGAUAAGUGCGGAAAACAAGAAGACAUUGAACAUAUACUAAUAGAGUGUGAUAAAUAUAAAAACAUUAAAUCCAAAUAUAAAAUACUAAAUAAUAAAUACAAUCUAGUAGAAAUUGCGCAAAAAAUAGACUUAAAAAGUGUAAAUGAAAUCAAUGGCUACCUCAGUGAAAUUAAAAGUGAAAUUUGAAAAAGAACAAAAAUUAAAGUGAAAAGUCGUUAACCAUAAAAAUACAAACUGAAGUGGCGGGCUGUGUGGAUGUCUAAAUGACGUCCGGCCCUGAAGUUUUUAAAAAGAAGAAGAAGAAGAAGUUUACAUUUUUAGUAUCGUGUUUUCCUCACAUUUUCUUGCAUUUCCCACUAAUAUUAAACAUAAAUUCAAAGAAUGAAGAGACUAUCGGAAGAAAGAACACGGAUUCUCUUUGAAAAACUCUCAAAAUACAUUGGACCAAAUGUAAAGCAGCUCAUUGAUCGUCCGGAUGGCACUUACUGCUUCCGGGAAAAGCGUGACCGGGUGUACUAUGUGGCGGAGAAGAUUAUCAAAUUAGCAGAAAACUUCUCUCCGGAACAGUUGGUCUGCGCCGGGACGUGUUUUGGGAAAUUCAGCAAGAGCAACAAAUUCAAGCUUCACAUCACAGCCCUGGCCUACCUCGCUCCCUAUUCCCAGUACAAGAUCUGGCUGAAAUCCUCGGCGGAACAGCAAUUUCUCUAUGGGAAUCACGUUGCCAAGUCCGGAAUGGGCAGAAUUACGGAGAAUACCCCGAAAUAUCAGGGAGUCAUUGUUUACAGCAUGAAUGAUCUGCCUCUGGGAUUUGGAGUAGCUGCCAGAUCCACGGCGGAGUGCAAGCUGGCUGAUCCCCUGACCACAGUGUGCUUCCAUCAAGCUGACAUUGGGGAAUACAUUCGAUGUGAAGACACUCUCUUAUAAAAAUUAUAAAUAAAAAUAUUUUUUUAUUUUAA